AGCGGAGCACGCACCGUGUUUUUAAUAAUUUUGGCAGGCAGGUAGUUGAAAAUAACUCGUAGUCUCGGAAGAAAAUCGGCUUUGGAAGAGAAUAAAACGUUGUUUUAACACCAAUCACCGAAGACAGGGCGAAUAAUUAAUGAGAAAAACUGGUUGAACGUUGGCUUCGAAGAAAGCGCUCAUCAACAUGAGUCCUAUCGAGUGGGACGAUUUGCUGGACUUGGUGGACCGACUGGUCAAGGAGAAGUUCUUCAUAGCCAACGAGCAGAAACAGCUUGAGCAGCUGAAUGAACGGGUGUGUCAUGCAUCCUCAAAACUUGCGCAGCAAUGCUGGAUCGCGGGCCAGCUGAGGGCAAAUUUGAAUAGACUGAUCUAUCAAGGCUUCAAGCCGAUGGUCUGCUGUCAAAGACUGAACCAGCUGGAGAAUAUAUUGUUCAUAGACGCUCGAAAGCGACUAGGAUUCAUGGAGGCUCAAAACUACGGCACAUUCCUACAUUCCCUGCGCAACUCGCCACAGCUACUGGCUUCGUGCCUGGCGGCUGCUGAAAAAAUUGGAGCACUCCAAGCGGCUGUGCUGGGCCCUAUGGCACACACCCUGGUUGGUGGACUCUUUGGAGGCUGCGUCCUCGCAGAAGACGAGCGUCUGCUGCUCAAGCUCAUGCGUGAGCUCAUCUACCUUCAGGUGGCGCCGCACCAGGAGCCAACCCGCAUGUUGCGUCCGACCUCGUGCGCCUUCUCCCGGCUCUACGCUGUCUGGCACGAAGGUCUGUUCACAGCCAAGCUCUUCCUCACAGGAGCACUUCACGGGCCGAUUCUGCAGCUGCUCUCUGACGACGACGCCUAUCUGGACGCUGAUCCUGCUAAGAUGCUGCUUAGAUUCACUCCAGAAGCAAGUGCGCUGAAAUUUGGCGUUUCUGGCACUCCGGAGUUCGAGGACGCGACCAAGAGGUACAGAGAGUGGCUGGUGAAUCGGCUAAAUGCAGCUCUGAACCACUUUAUCGAGGGGAUCCAGACCAACAUGUUUCUCUUUCCUCAUCCAUUGAAAUGGAUCGUCAGGCAGUUGCACAUUUUACUCACUGAGUCAAGCCAAAUUGAUGCCAAACAAGUGAGCAUAAUGUGCACCGAUCUGGUGUUUGGCUCAUUCAUCUGCCCAGCCAUCGUAAACCCUGAGAUGUAUGGCAUCACCGACUUGCCCAUGAGUGACAUUGCUCGGUUCAACCUGAUGCAAGUAGCUCAGAUCCUGCAGCGGCUGGCCAUUUGGCAGUGGCAGGAAGUCGACUCUAAAGUGAUGGACCUGUAUUCGCAGUACGACAAGAACUGCUUGUGUUCCAUCAUGGAGGAAAUUCUCGAGGGUAACAGCGAGUGUCUCGUAGAUGAGAGCGAGAAACCGAAUUCUCUGUCUGGUCUCACCAGAAUGGCUGUGGUUAUGACCGAAAAUGAGCUCCAUAGUCUAGUGAAUAUUCUUCAAUCAGUCAGCAACUCUAAUUGUGAAAACGUUGAUGAUAAGGCACUGUCAAGACUGCUCACUCAGCUCCCUACCACUGCUCACAAACUGAAAGAGCUAAGAGAGUCUAAAAGAUCUUCUGCGUCUCACGCGUUACUGCAACCCUCCACCUCUGGGCAUGCGCAAAAACACUCAGGUAAAAUUAAACAGAAUCAUCCAGAGAGGUGGAGAUCAAUGGGUUUUUUUCCUCAAGGAAAAAGCAAAGUCAGCAGAGUAUUUUCCGCGCCGCACGGUGAACAUUCAAACGGCUUAGAAGACAAGAUUGAAGAAGAUGAGGCUGACAAUUCUCCUGAGGAAGUGCUGGUCAUUCCGUUUGGAAGCGAGUCUUAUGAAUGCGUCGGUCUUCUGCCAGAGAACAAAUUCCUGGAGCACAACGGGCCUGACAUGUCCGUCUUGGAUGCGCAGUCAAAUCAGGGGCACACGCAUGAGAAAAGAACCAGGUUUUCGCUUUCCCACGAUGAUGGUUCCAUAGUUUCAGCUGGAAAUGUGAGUGACAACUUGGAAGCUGUUUCGGAAGCAGCGUCAAACCACAGUGCCGCGUCUUCCUUGGACAUUGAGGAGGGCGAGGAGAACGAGGAGGAUCCACAAGAUAACCUUUCAGAUAUGGUGUCAGCCAAUGUGUCAGGGAGGGGAACGCCGAGCAUCUCUGGCCGUGACACGCCUUCCAGCCAAGUGACGGAGAGCGAGGAAAUGGCCAAUGUGAACCAAGCGCAGCCAAGAGCUAUGCCGGAAAACAACCGACCAUCUGCCCAGCUGGGAGAGCUCGCCGGCCCUCCAGUGGCACCUUCUGUGAUGCCUCCGCCAAAGCAGCACUCGCGAACGGACAUUGAUGACAAGUUCGGCAAAUUUGAGAUCAAGAAGCUGAUCGAGGGCGACGAGACGUUCUCACUGGUGUCCGACACGUGGAGCACGGACGUGCUGGCCAGCGACAGCGAAAUGGUGGAGCACUCGUCUGAGAACAGCUUCCCCGUCGGUCAACCUUUGGCAAUGCUGCAGUCAGCCAGGAUCAACGAUCAGAACAUUCCGACAGUCGGCAUGCUUGAUGUGUCCGAAACUGCCUCCGAGGCGUGGAGCACAGACGUUAUGGCCUCUGACUCGGAACGAAUGGGUGAGGUCGACACUGACGACGCUGGAAGUGUUGCCAGGUCUGAUGACGUUGGACGGUCUGAAAUUGACGGGGAGACCAACAGAGACACCCCACCCUUGGCUGCAGCUAUGUCGUUCCGGCCCAUUCGAAUGGAGCUGCCAGUCCUGCGCGAGUCCCCGGCGCCCGUAGUGGUGGCGCCAAAGGUGAGCUUCCCCUCGUCAAGCAACUCGCCCCUGCGCGGCGCCAACGAGCUGUACCUACCGCCGUCGCCGCCAAGCAGCGUGGCGGCGGGCGGCGGCGCCGACUUGCGCGACGACGCCGAGCCGGACGGCGAGAGCAAGCUGAAGCCGGAGAACAAGGCGCGCAUGCUGUCAUCCAGCACUAGGUCGGAGGACUCGACGGACAGCAAGCAAACCAACUGCAGCAUCGGCCUCGACGUCGAGACGGUGGCGUCGCCGAUCCCAAGACUGAGCACCACUAGUUUGGCUUCCUCCAGUAGUAGCAGCAUGGGGGCUGGCAGCGACGCCAGAGGGCAGUCCAACACACCAGUUUUGCAGGAAAACAGCGUCGAGUUGAGGGCAGACCUGUCUGCAAGCAACAAGACCCCGACCAACAUUCCAAGCUCGUCCACUGGCGCCAUUCCGAAAAGUAUCAGCUUUGAUAAGACUGCGGAGAGAGGAGAUAGGGAUCAGGAUGAUGAAUCGAAAAACAAAAGAGGAAGUUUCUUCAGGAAUAUCAAGUUGCCUUUCAAGUCAAGGGGCCGCAAGUCAACCAGGCCGAGUCAUGAAGAAAUCAGAGGAAAUGGUGACAGUAGCGACGCUGUAUUCAGGAACAGGAGGAAAGGAGAUGAAAAUAAUCUCAUGGAUUCCGAGGAAAUAUUGGCCAAGUACAGGCGAAAGCCCGGCGGCCAGCCUUCCUGCUUAAGGCAGGAUUCAAAGGAAGGCCGUGAGAACGGAAUCGAUGAAGAUGAAGCUGAGGACGAGCACCUGCAUAUUGAUCCUUUGCAUCCCGAGCUCAGCUACGCUUUUGCCGACGCGAAACGUAAAUUGAGACUGGUUCUUUGCACUGUCGAUGGAGAGGGCGUCGGUCGGAAAAUCCUUGACAAACGAAACUCUCGCAGUCGCGCGUCUGAGAAGCUAACCAUGCUGCUAAAGCUGCUACUGACGGAAGCGAUGAGCAUGCAGGACGAGGGUCUGAUCGCGCAGGUGCACGAGGUGCUGCGUUGCGUCCAUCUGUUUGACGACGCCGGCUGCCGGAAGCUAAUCCAGGGGUUGAAGGACGACUACUUCAAACGCGCGCCAUAUGUCGCCUACAUCACUAGGAGCAAGUCAGGCCUGCUCACCACCCACUCUUCCAUCAAAAAGCUUCUUGAGCGAAUCAAACGCGAGCGGACCGCCAACGGACGUUACGUGAUCAAGAUGUGCGUAAGGCUGUACCUCGAGCAACGUGAGGACCAGCUUAGGCUGUUUGAGAGCAACUUCCAACAGCUCACAAUGCCUGAUGAGAAAACUGAGCUUUUGUACAACUUCCUCGAGGAGCUGGCGUCCGAAAUGGAACGAGAUCCUCUCUGGCGAGCAGCAAAUGAAUCAAGACUCGACAUUGCACGUCAGAUAGUGGAGCAGACUGUGAUCAGCAGGGUUUACCUGAACGCCCUAUAUCCUAAUGGAGAAGGAGAUAUUUCUAGAGAUCAGGUUUUGCACGAGCAUAUGAAGCACUUAUCAAAGAUAAUUACUCUCAACCACAAAGACUUACGAAUUCCAAAGUCAUUCCAGUACGAGUGCCCGUGGCCCAGCGCUCAAGCGAAAAUCUCAAUUUUGGGCGCAUGCAAAACGCCCAAAGAAAAAGUGCAGUGCGUGGUGGAUUGUGCCAAAACGAUAAUGCGUCUGCUCGAGCUGGCACACAACCAGUCCACUCCGGCUGCUGACGACUUCACGCCAGUUCUCGUCUAUGUGUUGAUAAAGGCAAACCCGCCAAGCUUGCUGAGCACAGUGCAGUACGUGAACGACUUCUUUGAGUCGAAGCUGUCGGGCGAGGAGUCGUACUGGUGGGUGCAGUUCUGUUCCGCCAUCGAGUACAUCAAAACCAUGGAUUAGCCAGCCAGCCGCUUUGGUGCGUGAUACACAUUAUGAUACAUAUGAAUAUAUUUUGCCGGGUUGAAUUGCGCUGACGUUCAUUUGGUCGUACUCGAAACGUAAGCUUAUAUAUCUCUCUCUCAGUCAAAGUAACAAAUCGUUGAUUAUGAAUCGAAUCUAUAAUAUCUGCUCAUGUUUAUUUUUUCGCAAAUACAUUCUUUCCACUUUGAAGCAAACAAUUAUUCUUCUCGUAAUACGUCACAAUAGACUGCUUUACCGAUGUAUACUUUGUGAGCUCGCUUCAUAGAAGAAUAUUUUGAAAUUAUCAAAUGACAUAGAACAGUAUGAUAUAUAAUAAUAUGUACUAUAAAUCUCUAUAUCUUAUAGUAACUGUUGAUUAGUUGAAAUGGAUACGUUGAAUAUAAUAUAUAUUUAGUUCUAGUCUUUACACAUGUAAAACUCUCUUCUUCGACCUAUGUAAUGAAAGCCCGGUUUUUUGUUAAAAUGUUUUACCGCCGCUCUCGCUAUUUGUAUAUGGAGUAUUUGGUUCAACGGCGUUUCGAAUUAUACAUGUCAUAUAUAACAUUCGUUCUUCCCUUGGUGUUUAAGCUAUAAACAUAAAUUAUUUGACCCUACCUAUAUUUUCUUAUUUUAACUUGGCUGAACACAAUAUUAGUUGAAAUCAAUAAAAUAUGUUUCUAAUUAUCGA